AACAUUUAUUCACUAGCUUAAGCUGCAAAGCCCAUGUGCGAUAAUUAAUUAUCAAUAUCGAGAUUGACAAGAACUUGUUUUUGCAAAUAUGGCCGAUUCUGUGUCAGCAGCGCUUCAAGAUUGUCAGAAUAAGGUUGACUCUGGAAUGAAGUCACUACUCAAUGACUUAGAUAAUACAGUUCUUCGUAAAUUACAGAAAGAGAUGUACCUGUGCAGUGCGAGAUGCUGUGAUCAGUUAUCAGGAGAUCGACAAGGGUGUAUACAGAGAUGCCAGCAGCCAGCUCAGCAGACUGAAGAAUAUGUGCAGAAAGAAUUAACAGAUUUCUUGGACCGGCUCCAGAGGUGCACGCUGCAAUGCCAAGAUGAAGCCAAGGACAAGAUCCGAGACAAUAUGUCAUCUUCUGACGAGGCCAAGGUACGCAAGAACCUAGAGGGCUGUCUGAUCAAAUGUGGGGACAAGCACGUCGCCAUGUUUCCCGCCCUGAAGACCCGAUUGUCAGAUCACGUCAGCAAGUUUUUAUGAAACUUAAUUGUAGAAAAAUAUAGUGUAACAAAUUUAAGAUAUUCUACAAAUAUUGCUCUGAGGGGCAUUCCAUGAAAGUUGUCAGCACUGAUGUUAGGGCUGACAAUUUCAGUGAAAUCCUUGGUUUUGAUUGGCCUCUGAUUGUUACUUUGGUAACUGGAAGAAAGAAAACUUGUCAGUGCUGAAAACUUUCAUGAAAUAUAAGGAAUUAGAAAUUAUAUUUUCGAAGUAAACACUUAAAAUUGAUAUAUCUUAUUCCUUAUAUUUUUCUUGUCCAUUUUCAAAAGGCGACAACUCUGUAAAAUGAGCAUUUCAAUAGGUGAAAACUUUUUUACUUUAGAGAGUCUAUGGAGUUGUUUAAUUUUGAUAAUUUUUAUAUGGUUCAAGAAAGAGAAGAGAGUCUCUUGUUGAUUUUUAAUCAAGUUUUUAGAGCGUUAGAAAAUAGGUACACUUGAUUCAUG